AUGCUAAAUAGCAGGAACGGAGAUAAAAUGAGAGGUCGUUUUAAACGGCUUAGUGAAAAUGUACAAAACUGGGUUGGUGUGUAUCGGGAAGCAUGGCGUCGAAGAAGAAGUGGAAUGAGUCAAAAAGAUAUUGAAAACAAGGCUCAUAAACUUUAUGAGGCGAGUGGGAAUAAGUUCAACAACAUUAUUGUUUUUAAUGAAGUUAUGUGUAAACAUGAAAAGUGGGCUUUAGAGUUAGAUCAUGACACAACACGUUCCCAUCCUGAAUGUGAAGUGGGUAAUGAAGAAAGUGGUGAUAGCUCGAAAAGAUCAAAGACUACUGAAGAAGGGGAGUUUUGUGUCCAUUCCAACCCAGAAACGCCAACUAGUGAUGGUUCAAUGGUUAAACAUCCAAUGGUUAAACAUCCAACAGGCAGAGAUGUAGCAAAAAAAAAAGGAAAGGUAAGGCUUCUAACGAAAUUGUUACAGAACUUCGUGCAAUGA